AUGCCUACGCUUUCAGAGCCUUUAUGCCCUAAAUCCAUAUUUUGGACAAACCUUAUUUUAUUGGGUUUCAACCCUUCAGAGCUCGCAAAGGGCACAUAUUCAACUGUCACCUUUGAUAAAGAUGUCUUCACUAAAGGCUCACCUAAUUCUGUGAAAGCAAUGGAAUUGAUAGUAUGGUUUUUAUUUAAAAAGUUGGACGACUCGUUGACUACGACGAAAUUUACAUGUUGGCCAAUUCUUGAUUUACCAUCAAGUUUGCAUUUUCGGACAGUGGUGUACAAAUGGUUAGAUCAAUUGAAAAAGGAUGGCUGCCUUGGAAAUAUGGAUAUUGUUUUGAGACGUACCUUGUUUGAUGAAUGUCAAGGCGAAAGAUUCGAACGUCUGAUAAUGGCUUUUUCGAAUCACGUUUUAAAAGUAACAAUGGAUAGAGAUUACCAACACUACAAUCGAGCACCGAAAAUUGGAUUCAUAGAGCUUAAAGAAUCAGCACCGGAAUUAUUGAAAUGGAUUCUAAAGAUAUAUAUAAAAAUGCAAACAGACAACUUUUUGCAAAAGACUAGAGAACGUACAAUCUGUCAAAGUCGAUGGAAGAAUUUGGCAGAAAAACUUUCGAGUCAUUUAUAUGAUGUUAUAGAUCGAAACAAUGAAUUAGAAAAACGUAUUCAUGAGUUUCAUAAGGAGAAACAUAUUAAUAGACGUGAAAAUGUGACUAUAGAACAACUUUCUUUUAAGAGAAUUAAACAACUCGAAGAUGCCCGCCUUAUUUGGAAUUCAUGUUUGAGUUGGAUACAAGAAAAUCAAAAUUAUAUUGUGAGUAUUGAAGAUGUUAUCAACGAUCGUGCAAAUAAAUAUCGGCUUAAUGGGCAGGAUAUUUCAUUGCAAGUUCCAGAAAUUAUGAUGAAUAUGUGGGAAGACGAAUUCCAAAAAGCACGAAUUAGUCCCUGGCAAUGUGGCAGAUUAGAUUUAAUAUCUUUAUUGAAAUUAUGGAGAUUUGCACUUCAAACUUUGAACGAUAAAAUUAUCAAUUCAAAAACUAUACAACAUCAAACACUAGAAAGUCUAGAAAAUGAAUCUCUUUCGUUCACAGUUAAAAAAUUAGAAGAACAGCUGACAGAACAAAAGAGACAAGUCAAAAGCCUGUCUAUGCUCAAGAAUUCAUUAAGAAUUCGGUUAAAUGAAAUUAACGAAUCC